UCACAGAUCUUUCUGGCACUUCCCAAUCGUUAUCAGAAGAUGACAAAACAAUUCGUAUACGCAGCUGCUCAAUUCUAUAAAUUGGUUGGCGUACCAGUCUUUCGUGGCAUUCACACAGUACAUGAUGAUCAAAUUUCCGCUACUCUUCACCGUGCUCGUACUUCUGGGCACGGUCACAGUGAACGCCGUGCUCUACGACCGACCCUGCCGGACAGAUGUUCCCGUGGUUCAGAACUUUGCGUUGACGCGAUACCUGGGCAAGUGGUACGAGUUGCAACGUUUCGAGAAAGAUUUCCAGACAAACUAUGACUGUGUCCAGGCAGAGUAUGGACUGUUGGAUCCGACUACGGUGUCCGUACGUAACUCUGCUUACAGUUUGGUCAACGAAACGUCCAUUGAAGCUAUUGGUACCGCCAAGUUUUCCUUCCCCGAGCAGGACAUCGUUCAGGCCAAGCUGAACGUUUCAUUUUUUGGUGCACCCAAUGACCGGUCCAACUACUGGGUGAUUGAUACCGAUUACGAACACUUUUCUAUCGUUUGGGCUUGUGAGCAGCUGGGCGAGGAUAGGUCCAGCGAAGGAUAUUGGUUCCUGUCGAGGACGCGUCGCUUUACGGACGAUGUGGAGGCAAACACAAGGGCUUUUCACGCCAUUCGUCAGUACAUCGAUCGAACGGAGAUUCGCUUUACGAACCAGCUGGACGAAAGAUGUCCAGAUUUUUAGUUGUUCGAAAUUGUAGUUAAAUACUUUGUUGAAAAUAUAAUAGAUUUUUAUUUCAAUAA